UGGUUUAGGGUCUGUACAUGUGUGAAUGUGAACAAUUAUAACCACCACUGACAAUGAGUAUUGUUGUGGUCAAAAUUAUAUUUGAAAGAAGAAAUGUAAACAAAAUUUGAGAAAUUUUAUUACACAAGAUAACAAGGAAAAAUAUUUUUUUUAAUUAUUUGUUAUAUUUAUAAGUGUUUAGUAGCAUAUUUAAAUAAUAAAUGAGAAAAUAAUUUAAAGCAAUAUUUUCACUCUGUUAUGUAAAUAUAUGACAUAUAUGUUCUAAUGUAUUUAUUGUUCCAAGAAGUUCAGUGUUGCAAUAAUUUUACGAACUAUUUACGUUCUUAUCGUCCACUCCUGUCGCAAUCUUGGCAGAACUUAAAAAAUUAAGUUAGUUUUAAAAUAACUUUACAUAAAAGCAAAAAUUUUAAUAUUUACAAAUGGCUUUGAAGCAUGUGGUGAUAGGUGGUGGUACCGGCUUCAUAGGAUCGCAGUUAAUAAAAUCACUGAGCCUUGAAGGUGUUACCUGUACGUGUAUCUCUCGAAUGCCGGGACCUAGUCGAAUGUCAUGGAACGAUUUAGAGCGCUAUGGUCUCCCGGAGAACACGUCGGCUGUUAUUAACGUCGCUGGGCAGAACGUGUUGGAUCCUAGGCAGAGAUGGUCGCCUGGCUUCAAGCAGAAUGUCAGAAACAGUAGGGUGAAGACGACGAAGGCUUUGGCGGACGCUAUACAAAACACUAAGGCCACAGUAUUUGCAACUAUAUCGGGAGUCGCGUACUACAAACCCAACGACGAUGUGUACACAGAAGAGAGCAAAUGCGAAGCCUAUGACUUUCUAUCGAGACUGUCCCAUGAUUGGGAGGAAGCGGCGAGAUUACCGAAAGACAGCAAUAUUAGACAGGUGACGAUAAGAUCUGGAGUUGUAUUGGGAAGAAAUGGUGGCAUGAUUAAGCAGAUUUAUUUACCAUUCUUCUUUGGCCUUGGUGGGCCGAUAGGAAGUGGCAAUCAGUAUAUGCCCUGGAUACAUAUCACCGACUUAGUUGGCAUGUUCAUCUUUGCACUUAAAAGUAGCAAUGUGCAUGGUAUACUAAAUGGAGUAGCGCCUCAGCUUAUAACAAACAAGGAGUUUACAAAAGCGUUUGCAGCAGCACUAAGAAGACCCGCGUUCAUACCUCUUCCAAGUUUCUUUUUGGAAAUAUUAUUCAAUAAAGAACGAGCAACGAUUAUGUUAGAAGGACAAAAAGUUGUACCAAAGCGUGUUAUGGAACUAGGAUUUCAAUAUCAAUAUCCAGAUAUUGAAAAAGCUUGUAAGCAACUUGUCCAACAAACUGUAUGAUUUCGUAAAAGAAUUUAUUUAAUUGUUAAAAAAAAUUGAAUUGUUAAAAAAAAUAGAUAUACAUAUAGUUAUUAUAUAGUAAUAUAUUCAGGUUCUUAAUUGGUGAUAAAUCAAGUUUUAAAGUAUCCUCUUUAAAUUAUUGUUAUUUAGUAAUAAAUUAUUUGUCACAACGCACUAGAGACGAAUAAAAUAUUGUUUUG